GUAAGUGACGUACGGUGACGUAGAGGACGCAGGCUGGGGGCAGAAGUCCCGCAGUUUGACAGCGGUCCUCUCCAGCGUGAAAGCCCCUCCGUCCCGCGGGGAUCUGCGUGGAGUCGUCCGUCCGUCAUGUCGGACAGUCGCGCAGGGUGAGACUCCGCCCACCGCUGGACGCGCAGCUGGAAUUUCACGACGUUUCGGCGGAGAGGGGAGGAGGUUGGCGGGUAUGGGAGAGGCGUUUCUGAGGCACGUCCGCCGGUUCCCCUGGGUCACCAACGUGUCUCUGUACGGCUGUCUGUUCGCCGGGGGGGACUUCGUCCACCAGUGGUUCUCCAGGCGGGAGAACGUGGACUGGAAGCAGACGCGCAACGUGGCCGUGGUCGCCUUCACCUUCCACGGCAACUUCAACUUCUUCUGGAUGCGCUUCCUGGAGCGGAGGUUUCCCGGGACCUCCGCCGGGAUGCUGCUGAGGAAGGUGCUGCUGGACCAGACGACGGCGGCCCCGUUGGCCACCAGCGUCUUCUACACAGGUGUCAGCUUCUUGGAGGGGAAAGACGACAUCCUGGCGGACUGGAGAGAAAAGUUCCUGAACACCUAUAAGACGGGACUGACAUUCUGGCCGUUCAUGCAGCUUCUGAACUUUGCUCUGGUGCCUCUGUACAUGCGGACCACCUUCACCGGCUGCUGUGCCUUCGUUUGGGCCACCUUCCUCUGCUUCUCCCGUCAGACUGGCGACGGAACAGCUGGCGCCGCUCUGGCAUGGCUGUUCCAGCCUGCAGAGGACAAAGCGGAACUCGACAAAGGCAAAGCCGAGGCAGCUGCCGCAUCCAAACCCACACCGUAGCACGAGCGGUGAUUCUCCUGAGCGUUGAAACUUGACACAGCUGGCGGGGUUAGGGGGUUUGGUCCAGUCCUCCCGUGUCAAGAAGUUUAUCCGAUGAAAUGUGCGACAGAAGUCUGAUUGUAAACAUGCAUCUCCAUCCUGCUGCUGAACAAACAUUUUCAAACUUAACUGUUUUGGAAAAAGAUCAAACUCAUAGCUGCUUAGUGGAGAAUUCCGAUUUAGCCUGCAAAGUACAGAUUUUUAUGGACUUGAUUGUUGUUCGUGAUCAGCGGCAGAUACCUGGAAAUCCUGGAAGGAUCUAUGGAGAAAGGAAAGCUAACCUUUGACUUUUAGGUUCAGAAAGUUUGCGUUCAUCUAGGCUUCAGACUCUGGACCAAAUUCUAGAUUGGACUGGUUCUCAUGAACAUCAUGAUGUCCUGCGCACACACUGACUUUGCACUGUUGGUCCUCAGUUUGUUUGCUGAUCGGGUUUUUGUUUCAGGAAGCUCUCCUGCUUAAAGUCCCAGUCCAACUAUAUAUUUUUGUAUCUUGAAGUCUUCCCAGUGAUAAUUUAAUUAAAAUUUUGCCUUUUUUAGGCACUAUAAAGAAAAUAUUUAUUCUGCAGAGCAGCAGUAGUUUAUUAGAGUUGUGAGCGGGACUGUUGAUGUGGAAGUAAACCUCUGCUUAUAUCCCAUCAUCCCUUUGUUUACGCUGUCUCCCGCUAGCUUACAGACCCUCAAAACCUAACAUUAGAGGUGAAAAAAAUGGUGAGCGAUAUAAGAACUAUGCAGCCGUUUUUAUCUGUUCCUAACGAUCACGAUUUGAGUAAAGAAAUACUCAGAAACUCUUAAAUUAUUUUAUAUUUGUCCUCCAUCAUGAGAAACGUGCUACAAGAACAUGUUAAAACAUGAAUUUCAUUGGAGUGGGUCUUUAAACAAAAUGCAGUCUUCUGGACAGUAGGUGCUCAAGCUGUUAAUAAUAUUUAAGAUUUCUCAAAAGUUUAAAUUUGUUGUAUAUUUAUGGAUCAGAUUAAAUUGUGUUUGUGUUCUAAAAACAUUAUAAACUCUAACCUUUUCAUACCAAACCUGUUUUAGAAGUUUUUUGAUGUGAGGCUGAGAGUCGGUCGAUGAAAGCUGGUGACUUUACACUGGAACAUCCAUGGAUCGUUUUGUGUCACUAAUGAGUAAACUCUGUGUUUUUAACUCUCAGUAUGUCUAACAAAUGUUUGGGUGUCACAGAGAGUGUGUUGGUGCUUUUGACUUUUCCUAAUAUUUUCUCAAAUCUUACAGGUGGAAUUUAAAAUAAAAUAAAGUUAUCUGUUGACACGCCUGGAACAAACA